AUGGGAGAAUCUGCAGCCACAACUUUCGCUUCCAUACUCGUUCUGGGUUUAGGCUUCGCUGCUGCAGGUUAUAUAUAUCACAAGUUUUAUAAAUGGCUUGUCGUUAAAAAGAUGACACACGCUUUUGAGCCUGGUGAUCCUGUCCUCGACUUGGCUGCAAUUGGAAAGGAUGUUCCUCACCAACCUGGCGGUACCAGUGAACACUGGAUAUUCCGUCCCGAGCAAGAACGAGUUGACGCUAUCGUCAUGGGAAGUAUCGCAGGACACUACCACCUCUUGAUAGGCGAGAAGGGAUGUGGUAAAAGCAGUAUGCUCAUUGAUGCCAUGCGGAAAAACGAUGGCGAUGGUGUUGCCAUGUUUGAGGCCCAUGCUGACCUCGAAAUCUUUCGCAUUCGCCUUGGCAAAGCUCUUGACUACGAAUUCCACGAGGAUUAUAUCGGCGGAUAUUUCAGCGAGAGGGGCCCCCGCGACACCACGGCUCUGCUGGAUAUUGAGCGUGCCUUGAACAAGCUGGAAAAGGUGGCCAUGACGAAGCGGAAAGAAAGAGGCAAGCCUCUUGUGGUCAUCGUAAACCAGAUGCAUCUUCUCCGGCACGAUGAUGAUGGACGAGACCUGAUUGAACUCCUCCAGCAAAAGGCUGAGCAAUGGGCUGCUGCUAACAUUGUUACCAUGGUUUUCAACUCGGAUGAUUACUGGGUAUACGAGCGCCUGAAGCAGCUAGCCACCAGAAUGGAGGUCCUCCCUGUUACAGACCUGCCCAAGCAACAAGCUAUAUCGGCCCUACAGAGGUAUCGACAGAAGUACUGGAAGGAGAACGUUGAACACGGACUUCUCGAAGAGGUCUAUGACAGUGUUGGGGGACGCUUAAGCUUUCUCAACCGAGUAGCAAAGAGUCGCGACAUGCUUGGCACUUGCGAAAGAAUCAAGGAGAUAGAAAAGAGAUGGUUCCUCAAUCAAUGCUGGAUCUUGGGUAAGGAGAUGGAUGACGAUGUUAUGGAUCAACAGAAGUGGGCUGCUGCUGCUAUGAGUCUGGCUAAGGCCUUGGUUGACAAAGAAGAUGAUACGGCGAACGACGAGACGUAUGAUCCUAUUGAAGGACAUAAGCUUCCGACAUAUCCGUUUCACAUCGCCCAGCAAAUCAUGACAAGAUGCGACUUUAUUCGAGACCUCGACAGGAUGAACUUGUUUAGCAUCACAAGCCAGGCAGAUGUUCGUGCGAGCAGCGUACCGAUGCAUCGUGCGUUCAGAGAGAUAUGUUCCGAGCCUGGUUUCGACAAGCACCUGGAACUCACCAUAGAGAGAAUUGCCGCCAUUGAGAGUUUGGGCCGAACCCGCGAGCUUGUCACUAAGGAUCUGGUGCUCGGCGGUCAAUACGAGAUCGAGCAAACCCGAAAAGGUAUCACGGUGAAGUUGAGGGAAGGCGAAGAGCCAGAGACAGUACAAUGGUUUCCUGGAAAUGAGGGGCCGCCAAGUCCAGAAGAAUGA